UUCCCGUAAUAUUAGGAUUGAAUACAAAGUAAUGAAGACGACACUCUACCUUCUCGUUGGAUUGCUGGCGUCAGCGACCGUGGCUAGGAACAUCAUUCAUGUGGACGAUGAUGACUUGUCCCGGCUAAUUGAUCCUUUCGUGCCCGGAGACUAUCCAAUCAAUCACACCGCUUACCGCCAAGCGCUGACUCUUUUCCUGGACACCAACAUUGACGUCUACGCUCCAAAUUCAGCCGGAAACUUCCCUGUAUUUUAUUUCAUCACCGGAUUCGGAGGCAUUGUACCUGCAGAAGCGCACACACUUCUUCUAUCUCAGAUCGCAAGUCACGGCAUUGUUGUAGUCGCCGUCUGGAAACUUGGCAGUCCCGAGACUUCUUUCGAUCCUGCGUGGUUCGAAGCAACAGUAGAUUUUGUCGAAAAUCGAUUGGAAAAUAGUCUCCACAAUCAAGAAGGUUACAUUUCCGAUUUCCACGUUGACUAUCUCCAUUCGUUCAUUGGCGGUCAUUCGGGUGGAUCUCAUGUCGCUGUAGCUCAAUUUCAGACAAAUUGCUUAAACUAUCAAGGUCUGAUCUUGAUUGAUGCUGUUGACGGAAACAGCCCCAUCCCCGAAAACAUUACAAUGUUCGUGAUUACGCCAGGCCAGAAAGUCAAUUUUACUGUGCCAACCUUGCAAAUCGUAACGGGACUAGACCCAGUUAUCGGACCUUACGGAUUGGCAUGCGCUCCGGAAGAGCUUUCGGGCCGGCGCUUCUUCGACGUCAUGACCGGACCGACGUUGGACGUAACCGCUUACGGUCACGCUGAUUUAAUGGGUCCAGUCUACGUUGAACUGAAUGAGAUUACGCAAUUUUGUCCGAGCGAUCCUUCUGUUCCGAAGGAGGAAUACAUUCAAUUCCUUACGGGCGAAAUCAUCUCUUUCAUAAACGGAGUGUUGGAACCUGUUGAAAAAUGUGCCUUUUUUGAUUAUCUGGAGAUGAGCGGACUUGUUGGCAUCAAUACAGAAAAUGACUAUGUCUCUAACGGCUGGGAGAGAUGCUCGCCGCUCCAGUGCGUCCUUACACCCAGUUCUGAUUUGAUUGAUUGAAAUGUGAAUUAGGCUAACUCUAAAGAGAAUUCUCUCACUUUGAGAGUCCUAUUCAUAUUUAAAAUCAUCUAGAUGUAUUUAUUUAACUCAAUACUUGUUUAGAAAAAUUCAGUUUCGGUUAGCUGGUCAGUUGGGCAAACCCAAAUAUUUGGUGUAAAACUGUAAAGUUGCUGAGAAAA